CAGCACUGAAUACAGAAAUAGUCGGUAAACACAUCAACGCCCCAAAGCACUAAGCUACUGGUAAUGGCAAAUGUUAUGGUCAUUCGGGAAGCUCAAGUUCUUUUGCGGUCCAGAUAACUAUUUUCCCGUUGAUCUUGAUUGGGAUUGAGAAUUUCUCCAGCCUUCGCAUACCGCAGACGCAAGAACUUGCCGUUUCAUCGCAGCCAGAUUGUGAGAAUUUCGAGAUUCUUAACUCCCAGAUCUCCGCGUGUUGGAGAGUGGCAUCCUGUUCCUUAUAAAGUAGGAUUUGUGGCGCUCGGGCCUUGCAAAUCAAGCCACAAUGACCGCUCCGCGGUGGAAGCGCGUUUUGAAGGGAGCGGGAAUUCUGGGAGGGACUGCCGCGGUGGGAUAUUCACUGUUCACAAUUUAUAAACUUCGGCAGGUACAACAGGUUUAUGCCGAUGCUGCCGUGCACGCAACCCCGAGACCAAAAGCUCCUGGGUAUCUGCCCUACACUCCCAGCCGUGACGAUCAGCUGAAGGCCCUGCAACAGACUCCUGAAUAUGACAUACUAAUUGUCGGAGGCGGCUGCACUGGGGCGGGAGUAGCGUUAGAUGCCGUCAGUCGAGGUUUGAAGACUGCAUUGGUUGAGCUUGAUGACUUUAGCUCUGGAACUAGCAGCAGGAGUACAAAGCUCAUUCAUGGCGGUGUCCGUUACCUGCAAAAGGCGAUUAUGGGUUUUGAUAUGGAGCAGUAUAAAAUGGUUAAAGAAGCGCUGGCGGAAAGGGCUAAUUUGUUGGAUAUUGCGCCGCACUUAUCCAAGCCAUUGCCCAUUAUGUUGCCUGUCUACCGGUGGUGGCAAGUACCCUAUUACUGGGCUGGCAUUAAAGCGUACGAUUUCGUUGCCGGUCGGCGCAACGUAAAGACCAGCUAUUUUUUGUCGAAAGACCGUGCGCUGGAACUGUUUCCGAUGUUAAAGCAAGACAAACUGUGCGGAGCGAUUGUUUAUUACGACGGUCAGCAUAACGACGCCCGCAUGUGUAUUGCCAUUAUAUUAACGGCUGCACGCCUGGGAGCGAAUGUCGCUAAUCAUGUGCGGUGUGUAAAACUUGUCAAGGAUCAACUUGAGAACGGAAAGGAAGUUGUCAGUGGUGCACUUCUCAAGGACACGAUCACCGGCAAAGAAUGGACUGUUCGCGCCAAAUGCGUGGUAAACGCUACUGGUCCCUUUACGGACAGUCUACGACAGAUGGAUGAUCCUACUGUGAAGCCCAUCUGUCAACCUAGUUCAGGCAUCCACAUUGUCCUGCCCGAUUACUAUAGUCCAGCCAACAUGGGUCUCCUGGAUCCCAACACCAGCGACGGCCGUGUAAUUUUCUUUUUACCAUGGGAAAAGGUAACUUUAGCCGGGACAACUGACUCGCCUUGUCAAGUGACGGACCAUCCAAUUCCGCAAGAGAAGGAAAUUCAGUUUAUCCUCAAGGAAGUUCGCGGAUAUUUGGAUAGCUCUGUGGCUGUCCGUCGAGGCGACGUCCUGUCUGCUUGGGCUGGUAUUCGUCCUCUUGUUUUGGAUCCCAAUACCAAGAAGUCCACUCAGGAAAUUGCUCGCAAUCACAUCAUACACGUAUCCGACUCAAAUCUCGUGACUAUUGCCGGAGGUAAAUGGACAACGUACCGUUUGAUGGCUGAAGAAACGGUUGACGCAGCCAUUAAAGCAUGCAACCUGCAUCCGAAGCAACCGAAAUGUCAGACAAUGGGAUUGAUUCUGGACGGCGGUCAUUCCUGGACUCCGACCAUGUACAUUCAGCUUGUACAGGACUUUGGCCUUGAAAACGAAGUGGCACAACACCUGGCGCGGACAUACGGCGAUCGCGCUUACAAGCUGGGUCGAUCAUGUAAAUUAACCGGAAGGCGUUGGCCGGUGGUUGGGAAGCGCCUGCAUGAAGAUUACCCUUAUUUGGAAGAAGAAGUUUCCUUUGCGGUUAAGGAAUACGCUUGCACUGCGGUAGACGUUAUUGCGCGGCGCGUACGGUUGGCUUUCAUUAAUACACAGGCAGCUGUGGAAUGUUUGCCGCGGAUUGUAGAUAUUAUGGCCGAAGAACUGAAGUGGACAAAGGCACAGAAAAAGGCUAAUUUUGACGAAGCUAUGGACUUCCUUAACAACGAUAUGGGUAGGGCAGUGCAAGCUGAAUCUCGAAACGUACCAAUUAACUUCAGUGUGGACGAGAUCAACAAAUACCUUGCACACUUCAAAGCCAUGGAUAAGGAAGGCAAAGGUUACAUUACACUUCCGGAUAUCAGACGAACACUGAAGGAACAUGGGGAGCAGAUCUCUGACUGGCAGCUGCAUGAAAUUUUGGGAGAAGUUGACAUGAAUCGCAAUGGACAAAUCGACACAGGAGAAUAUUUACAGCUUAUGAGUGCUAUCAAAACCGGUGCGGUGUCAGCUAGUCGAUUCGCCCGUGCUAUCCAGGAAGCGGAAGGAGAGACCGUGAAAAUUUCCGUGGAUCGUAGUGGUGGUGGUUUGUAGGUGUGCGAUGUUUAUCGGGAAAACAGGAAACGAAAGAAUUAAUGCGAAUUUUGUCCGUUGAUAGUAGAUAUUUUGUAAGGUACUGUCCCUUGUCCCUGACGUUCCCUUCAAAGUUUUAUUACAUGACAAGUUGACUAUUUACUGUCAUAGGAUCUUAUUGUUUUAACUGUGUUUGCGUUUCGUCUCGAAUUGUGACAGUCUUGAUGUUUCUGAUCUGCGUUUCGAAAGUUGAAAGUAGCUAUUAAAGUGAUAUAUGCAGA